AAACCCACUUUCUUCGCAACCCACACUCCAGCCAUGUCUCUCUGGGUUGACUGUUACCGUCCCAAAAGUCUCGAUGAUCUCCACUAUCACGAAGGUCUCUCGACAAGACUGAAGUCCCUCGCUGCUUCAGGCGACUUUCCACAUAUGCUUUUCUAUGGACCAUCGGGCGCGGGCAAGAAGACUCGCAUCGCAUGCACACUGAGACAGUUGUUCGGAAGUGGAGUGGAGAAGCUCAAAAUAGACCAGCGCGUGUUCCUGACGCCAUCAAAACGGAAGCUCGACGUGAACAUCGUACAGAGCAAUUAUCACAUCGAAUUAACCCCCAGCGAAGUGGGGAACUACGACCGAGUGGUCAUCCAAGAGAUCCUGAAGGAGAUCGCGCAAACACAACAAGUCGACCUAACAGCCCGUCAACGAUUCAAAGUGGUCGUGAUCAACGAAGCAGACACCCUCUCCCGCGACGCGCAAGCCGCCCUCCGUCGCACGAUGGAAAAAUACAUGUCCAACAUGCGCAUCAUCCUCUGCGCCAACUCCACAUCCCGACUCAUCGCGCCCAUCCGGAGUCGUUGUCUGCUCAUGCGGGUCGCUGCCCCUAAUCAUGAAGAGAUGCGAACAGUCCUGAACCACGUCGCCACUCGGGCUGGAAUACCCAAGAUACCACAAGAAGCAGCAGAUGAGAUCGUGCGAGACUCGAAUGGCAACAUGAGGAAAGCGAUCCUCGUCCUCGAAGCGCUCAAGAUGCAGACACCAAGUCUCGAAGGCCCCCUGGCGAUCGCGAAACCCGACUGGGAAACCUACUGCCACAAAGUCGCGGAUAUGAUCAUCUCGGAGCAGAGUCCACAGCGGGUGAUGGACGUCCGUGCGAAGCUGUACGAACUUCUCAGUCAUUGUAUACCGCCGACUGUGAUCAUCAAGACCAUCGCGGACCGGUUAGUGGAUAGGGUAGAUGAAGGGCUGAAGGCGGAUAUCAUGCACUGGGCUGCUGUUUAUGAAAACCGCAUGCGACUAGGCAACAAGAAGAUCUUCCACCUCGAGGCCUGGGUCGUGAAAGUAAUGUCGCUGUACAAGCAUUUCUUCUUCAAUAUCGACAUGGACGGCUUCGAUGACUGAUGACUGAUAUACUGGAGUCAUUCAUCUUGAUUGUAUACU